CAAAAAGGGGGACUGAUAUUAUCCCAAAAACGGUGCGUUUAGGAUCCUCGCCGUCGCCGCAAUCAAUGGCGAACAAAGCAACGUCUUCGUCGUCUUCUCAGCCGGAAGCUGCAGAUGAUGAAACACAAGACUGGAUUCUCGGAGCCGGGUCGGGUUGGGUCGAAGCACGAACAUCAUGCGAUCACUUGAAUUCUCUUUCUUCCGAUUUGGUUCAUUUACCAAAUCCCUAUACUCCUUGUUCAAGGUGCGAAAACCCGGUAGAGAACUGGUUAUGCCUUUGUUGUAAAGAGGUUCUAUGCAGCCGUUUCGUGAACAGACAUAUGCUGAUGCAUCAUCAACAGACUGGUCAUUGCCUUGCACUCAGCUAUAGGUAUUUGUUUUCAAUUUUUCAUUACAUUUGCUCAUUUCUUGUUUUACAGCCACUGAUGCUGAGAUGUGUAAGCUCAAACCUGUGGAAGAACAGUGACUUGUCGGUAUGGUGCUUCUGCUGCGAAGCGUAUCUCGAUGCUCAGAUCAUAUUACAGCUGAGACCAGUUCACCAGGCUGCUUACAUUCUUAAAUUUGGCGAGGCUCCUCCCUUACCCCAACUUUGAAACACUCAAAGCUCCUCUUUUUGUCACUCUGUAUUGUGUAAGGGUAGUUUGAGUUGAUGAUUUUUUUUGUCGAAAACAAUAUUAGUCGAAUAUUACUAUCAACACAAAGACUUUUA